AUAGUCAACAUUAGUUGAGUGUCACUCAAGAGGAAAGCUGUCAGUAGUUACACACACUGGGAUUGUGUCGACUUGUUAUGUUGUUUAAAAAAUAAGAUAAGAAAAUGGUCGCCAUUAUAACAAUUUCCUCUUUCCGGUACACCCUCUAACUAUGCACUCCCUUUCAAGUUUUUAUCCCACAAUAUUUUUUUGUAUUAUAAAGGUUAGUUUCGCCACGUCACGGUUUUACAUUGGCGUCCAAAAAAAUUCAUCGUAGAAAAAAGAUAGAAUUAAAGCUCAUCAUGUGAUCAUGUCAAGCGUGAAAGUUUCGUCACUUCAACCACGAUGAGUCUCUUUUUGGGUUACGGCAUUGGCCUACAUAUGAAAAAGGUUACAUCUUCCGUGCCAUCUAGCGGUGACGGGGCCAAGGUCGUUCUGUCAAUGUUAUUUUUUGUUCCUUUUUUGACGGCUUGUCGAGAUCUCUCCCUCUCGUGUCUCGACUUGAGAGACGACUAGAGAGGGAAGAAAAAGAAAAGGAGGGGUGUGCAUUUUCUGCAUACUAUUUAUAGAGUCGAGUUCGAUUUUUAUCGUCGGCGUUAGCGUCUGAAAAAGUCGCCAGUUUUCGAAAGCCUUUGUGAUGUCCCAGUUGACGUGUGUUCUUUAGUCCAGUCGCUUCCACCAACCGUUGUUCUCGCACGUUUAAUCAAUCGAGCAGCCGACCACACAUCAGCGUUUGCAGUUGAAAGACAUUUGAAAACAGGACAGGAGCUCAUGUUCCUUCAAAAAUGCUGUCCAUGGAGACGGCUCUUCCUUCACCCAACUCAUCCAUUGAUGUUGACAAACCACGAGCUCCCAGGUUUGAGGCCUAUGUCAUGACCGGGGACGCAAUAUUGAAUCUGUCCAGGAGUACGUCACACAGUCCAGACUACGUCUUGCCAGUUCAUUCCAAAAGAAGAUCAGUCCAACAGCAGCCAUCCAACUCGGUACCAACAAGCCCAAGCGAGCAGACACCUCGUCCCAACAAACCUUGGGAGCCUGAAACUCCUGCCAAAACCCCUGUUCCUGCUGCUGCUCUCGUCAGGAAUUCUAAAUCUGAAGAGGCACUUGUUCUACACAUGGAAGAAGAUAAAUCCAGCAAGAAAACGGUAGAGGAAAGAACUUCUUCCCAAACUGCAUUGGUGGAUGGAGUUACAGAGUCUGAACGAAUCGUAUGGACUUACAACGCACCUCUCUCAAGCAUGACGGAGAAGGAAUUACGCCGAUACGAAGCAGAUCAGUUCUGGCUCAGCACAAGAACUGAGUCAUCAUCCAAACAAACCAAACAGAUCAUCAAACUGGAAGAAACAAAGGAAGUGAGACAGGAACUCGCUACUACAACAACAACUACUACUUUCUAUUCAAGUGAGGUGGCUGAUACAAGAUUAGGUUGUGAUACCCAAAGUGGUCCUCCAGCAGUGGCUUCCGUAGUCGUCGCUCAAGAGCCAACAGUAAUAACAUUAGAGCAACCGGAAGUGGGACUAACUAAUGUCGAAAUCCAAAAAGACGAAGAUAAUAAUCCGGUCAAUAGUCCCAUUCGACCUCCGCUGACCCGAACACCGACCGACGAAGAAAGCGAUGCAGAUAGUCUGCAAUCGGUUCAUUACAGCCCGAAAGGUGUCGAUAUGCCAUCGGCUAUCCGGCUGGCAAAACGAUUGUAUUCUCUGGAUGGGUUCCAAAAAUCGGAUGUCUCGCGUCACCUAUCCAAGAACAACGAUUUCAAUAGGACUGUUGCCGAAGAGUAUUUGAAACAUUUUGACUUUGAAGGCGCCACGCUGGACGUGGCCCUGCGCCGUUUCCUGCAGGCCUUCCAGCUGACGGGCGAAAGUUCAGAGCGUGACCGCGUCCUGGUGCAUUUUUCCCGUCGUUACCUUCAAGCCAAUCCAGACAGUUUCUCCUCUCAGGACGGAGUUCAUAUCCUUACCUGUGCUCUCUUGCUGCUCAACUCAGAUCUGCACGGCAAGCAUCAAGGUAUGAAAAGGAUGACUUGCGCUCAGUUCAUCAAGAGGCUGUCGGGUCUCAACGAUGGUGGCAAUUUUCCAGUUGAUCUCCUCCGUCGCUUGUACACAGCCAUAAAAGAUCAACCGUUGGAGUGGGCCUCUGACAGCCCUCAAGGACCUAGCCCAGGCGACUUGGAGCCUCUGGAGAUUAUUCCCUCUCCAGCAGCUAAAGAACUGUCUGCCAAUCCAUAUUUGGACAUUCCGAAUCCAUCACAAAGCCAAGAGUUCAAAAAGGGCUACAUUAUGCGCAAAUGUUGUAUGGAACCCAACGGCAAGCGGACUCCGUUGGGCAAACGUAGCUGGCGGAUGUUUUUCGCAGUGCUAAAAGACUUGGUCCUCUAUCUCUACAAGGAUGAGGCCACUUGCAAAGGGGAACAUCCUCCCAAACCGUCCACAAUGCGGUCCAAGAAAAGCGUUCCCGAUGCUGCUCCGGCCGCCAUCAUUCGCGUCCAUCAUACUCUAGCUGCCAGUGCUCCGGAUUACACGAAAAAGAAGAACGUCUUCCGACUGUUCACCGCCGAUCGCGCUCAGUACCUUAUUCAGGCCAGCGAUACCAAAGAGUGGCGUUGUUGGAUGGAUGCUCUGAACACUGCAGCCUCUCUACUUUCCUCUCCUCCAUUGGCCGCUCCGUGUGGUUCUCAGCAACGUUUCCAGCGCCCUUUACUUCCAGCCAGCUUGACGAAAAUGUCAGCCAGGGAGCAGUUGUCUGAUCACGAGGAGCGUGUCGCUCAAUUGGAGCAAGAUUUACACGAGCAUCGAGCCAAUCCGCCGUCGUCCAAAGCGAAAUCCGUAAUCGUCGACAAUUACAAAGAGAAAGACGCUUACUUGCACUUUGAGAAAACCCGUUACGAGGCUUACAUAGCCGUUUGCGGUGGACUCCAAGCUGCAUUGGCUGGCAACUCUACUGUCAGCCGUGACAUUUCUUUACUGGAACUGGACGAAUCGCCCUGUUCCGAUUCGGGGACAACGAGUCCCGAUUUGAAAUCGAACGACCGGGAAUUUUCCGCGCAUUUGUAAAAUUAUUGAAAGAAGAGAAAGAAGCGAAACAAUCCAGGAAAAAACAUUCUUGACCCCGUUCCCAAAAAAAAACCCCCACCGACUCAACCGGCAGCUCUUCGCCAUUGUAUACAAAAAUUGUCUCCCCCCGUUCUCUUCCCAUCAGUGAACUUUUGUGUCGGGCGACCUUUUUUUUUUUUCUUAUUUUUGUUUGUUGUAAUUUGUGGUUAAUCAUUGGCGAAAUUUCAGCACUUGGUGAAGGAGAGAAAAAAAAAAUGACGCAAUUUCUGUCGUACCGGACAUCACUGAACGCAAAUCAAUAUCUGAUUGAAACGCUUUUUGUUUGUUUUUUCCUCUUUAAUAGUUGCGAAAGGCUUCCGUCGUCGUCGUCGUCCUCCUUUUUUGUGAGAUUUUUUUUCUAGUCAAGAGUUUAAAAACCCUUUGUUUCUUUUUCUUCGGUUGAUUUCUUUCCGCGACGAUGCUUUUCCUAUAUAUACGCAAACAAUUCCUCUUUAUUAUGUUUACCACAGUGAUCGAAUUCGGUCGAGUUCCUCCGUUGCCCUAUAUUCUACGUAAAGACAAUUGAGCGGAAAGAAAAACAAACCACAAACCAGCAAACCCUAAAGCCUUGACGCAUUAUAACAGCUUCUCUUAUUAAUCAUUUCCUUUUUUCUUUUUCAAGACAUUUUUCAAUAGCGGCCAAUUCAUUCACUGACCCAAACUCACACGAAUGUUGUUCCAGCUUUUCAAGAGUCUCCCUUUCAAAUACUGUGUCGAGCCCAUUUAGACGUUUGAUAUUGCGUGCUAGACAUUUCCCCAGCCAUUCACUUUAUUCUCUCUUCUCUUAAACAAAAAAAAAUAAUUAGAUUUGGGCACUUUUCUGUACUCUCCAGGUGGCAAAAUUGGAAUUGAUGAGUUGAGUUUGUAAAACUAUGUAUGUGUGGAUGGAUACUUCAGUCUAUCACUUAUAUAUUGUGAAGAAAAAAAAAAUACAGAUUAUACACGUAAAACAAAAGUGGAAUUCUCCCCAUCCGCUCGGUAACA